UAAAAAAUAACAUAGCAAAAUAAAUCAAGAUGUCUGUUGAUCCAAUGACCUAUGAGGCCCAGUUCUUUGGCUUCACCCCACAAAUGUGCAUGCUCAGGAUCUGUAUUGCAUUUCAAGACUACCUAUUCGAAGUGAUGCAGGCUGUUGAAUGGGUUAUUCUGAAGAAUCUGGAUGGCAUCCCAGACUGUGAGAUCAGCCCAGUCCAAAUUCACAGAUGCACAGAGAAGUUUCUUAGCUUCAUGAAAGGAUGUUUUGAUAACCUUUUUGGCAAAAUGGAGCAGCUGUUUUUGCAGCUGAUUUUGUGUAUUCCAAACAUCUUGCUUCCUGAAGAUAAAUAUAAGGAGAUACAUCCUUAUAGUGAGGAAGAAUUUCAACAUCUCCAGAAAGAAAUUGACCAGUUACAGGAAAAGUAUAAGACUGAAUUAUAUACUAAGCAAACCCUUCUUGCAGAAUUAGAAGAGCAAAAAAUUGUUCAGGCCAAACUCAAACAGACAUUGGCUUUGUUUGCUGAGCUUCAAAAUGUUGGCAGAGAUCAUGGUACUAGUGACUUUAGGGAGAGUUUGGUGUCCCUGGUUCAAAACUCCAGAAAACUAUACAACAUUACAGACGAUGUGGAAAAGGAAAGCAAAAGACUGAAAAUAUCGUAAUUUUUAAAUAAUAAAAA